UUUUCUGUUUUCAUAUAUUCAUUGUGAUUUUCUGAUGAUUUGCGGAGCUGCGCAGCAUUUUUCUUCUUCGUCCCCCGGGCUCGCAUGCUGAGACAAUGUCCGACAUUUUGAUCGGCUCUAAAGUGAACACCGCAGGCCGGGCACUUUAGGUAAAAGCCAGACUUUACAAAUGCCUGUGAAAGCAGAGAAGACUGUCGUCAUAGGUUAAGUGCUGGCUGCCCACUCUUUUCUGAACAGGGAAAAUUUUGAGUCAACACCAAACCGCACGCUGUGCAGAUUUCAGCAGAACUCGAAGAAACUACUGCAAAGAAAAGGAAAGACGGGGGAGAAUGUAGUUCUUAUAGAGUGAAGCUGGCGGGGGUCUUUUUUUGUGCAGAGGAGAAUAUAACAACGUGACUCACUUUGAGUCUUAAAGGGAAAAAAAGUGUAUAUAUUUCAAUGAGAUGAACCAGUUCAUCAAAGGAUGACUACCAAACAGAAAAGCAGCUGAAAUAACAGUUCAGGCUCUUGUUCUUGAGGUUAACAGUGCUUUGCACCUUGUUUUUAAUUCUCUAUAUUUCGUUUAUGGUGCUGUCUCUUUGACAGACCAUGACAAUCAUAAAUCUAUCAUCUCUUCAAAUUCCUGACUGGGUUAAAUGUUGCCAAGUUCGUUUUCGUUUGCAAAUAUUUUGCUAAACCCUUUGAAUAAGAGAUGAAAGUCUGUGCUUCAAUCACAUCUUAAUCGUUUGAUUUAAAAUGCACAGUGAUCGUGUACAGACGCUAAACUACAAAGACUGUGACUGUAUCUCUUUGGCUGUGCCUUGAAAUUCUGGCAAAGGGCAGCUUUGUAUUAAAGUUACUCUAAUGGUAUUCAGAGAAAACUGCAGCUUGUCUCAGAACUCAAACACUGUGAGGAAAAGAAGAAAAUCUUAAUUCUCCUUAUCCUCAUGAAUACAAUCGUUUUUUUAUCCUGUUAAACUGAACACAAAGGCCUGAUCUAAAAUUAGCCCGGCUCAGUAUUUAGGCCACCUCUGUGAGAAGCUGCCUGAGAGUCAUCCUCUCUGUGGUUUGUCUGUGCAGCGACUCUGACGGGCCACACGUCCCCCGACCUUACGUCUCCACAAGGUGAGUGCUGAUAAUUUGCCCCAGGCUGCAGUGAAAUGCAUCCCGGUCGUCGUGACAUGAGAUUAUUCACCGUCUCACACCCUGCCGGCUCUUUGUUCAUGGAUGACUUCACACCAGCAGCCAGUGUUUCUUCACUGAGACCGAGCAGGGGGCUCAGAAUCUGUUAGAGGAAACCUGUGAUGUUUAACAUUUUACCUGCCACUGCUGUUCCUUUAUGAGGUUAUUUUCACAGUCAUGACGCCCUGAUCUAAAUCACCGCUGUAGGUUCACUUCCACUGCUGGCAGCCGUUUAUCCAAGAUCCAAUACCUUGGUGUAAUCAGGUCUACAGUAUACAAAGCUGUUAAACAAGGCACAGACACAGACUGUAUUUAUCAGAUGGACACAGCUUAUGGGUGUGAAAGAGUCACCGUGGGACUGCCUUAAACCUGCAUUCUCUGUAAUGGCCAGCAGGGGCCGACUGCUCUGACGGUAUUGAAUUCUAUGAGGAAAAAAGCUCUACUGCUCCCCUGAUGUCUGCCCUUAGAAAGAACUUUACUGAUGAAUUAAUGGUCUCAUCUGAAAUUUUCAAGCCUUACUAAAAGGCGCAAUGCUGAUUUUAAAACUCUGUGGUCUCCAUUAGUGUACAGAAGAAGGAUGAAACAGGACAUGAUGCCCUUAGUUUCUUAGGUAGAAAAAACAUUCAGCUUGUGACCAAACAACUCCCACUCUGGACUUCCAGCUUCAUAAGGGGCUCUUGAGAGAUUGUCUACAGUAAAUAAGGGUUCUAUCGGGCUGCAGGCCAAAAAUUACAUUUUGGACGAAUUUUUCUUUUGGAAAUUUUGAGCGUCAUUUUGGUAGAAAUGGCUAACAUAAUAGACAUGCUUCCCUUUUUUCUAUGCAAUUUAAUACAUUUUCCUACACAAUAUGUCUUUUGUGGUAAACACAUGUAUCCUCAAAAGUACAAGGAUUCAGAGAAAAUGCAGGAGGAAGUCCAAUAUUGGGGCAUUUAUUUGGGCAAAACGGCAACCAAGCAAGUUGUGACCCAAAAGUUUUCCAGGUUUAGUGUUGUCGCUCGUUUUGUGACUAACUGUUUUCAGUCAGCCUCAAUAACAUAGUUUAGAUGUGCUUGACUGGUAAAAAUCCUCCCAAAACACAGAAAUGUGUGACAUCUUUUGAAUGUGUAGAAGGUUUUAAACAUCUCUGAGAUAUUAAAGUUCACAGGACUAUGAAUUAUUCAUGGCCGGGUGACGCAUGCACGUUUAAGCAGGUUACUUUCACAAAAGAUGAGCCAGAUAUCUGACUGAAUUUUCAUCUCAUUACAUUCUGACUUUCCCAUCUGGAACCAGGGAAACAGAAUCCCAUCUAUUAUUGUGUGUGUGUGUUGCCUCCGCAGAGAUAAUACUAAAUGAGAAAGAAAAAAAGUAAUAUUUGCUCAACUGAUGCGAGAUUUUUGUCGUUUCUUUACUUAAAAAUAAAUAAAUAAAUAAAUAAAAAUAAAAGAUAAAAUUUCUGCCAUAAACAGAUUUGGUAAAAACGUAAAUUUGACACCAAAAUGAAGAAACUUAAAUAUCCGAUGUUCAAAAGUUCUUUAACGCUAAAUAUAUUCAUGAACUAAGAAUAUUUUCUUAGUUCAGGUAAAAUCAGGUAAAAUCACUCCCUGAUUUCCUGAUUUUGGAGAAGAAUCAGAUCUGUCAGAUCACAAACGCCUCAAUUAACAGGCUGCAGUUUGGUUUGGGGGCGCUGUUGCCUCAUUAAAUUAGGGAAAAUGUCGUGAAGUGAUGUAGGUCAAAAGGCGCAGAGUGGAGAGGUUCCUGUGACUCCACCACCACCAGCUCAGCUCAGCAGACACCAGCAGGGAAAGCCACGAGCUGGUUUUGCGCAUGGUCAGUUUCACCUCAGUCAUUUUUUCCCCUCGCUCUCUCCCUCUCUCUCUCUCCGUCCUCUUCACUCAUCAUCAUCCAGCAGCAUCCAUCUCUCCGGAUGUCCACAGCCGUCGGAUUCCUGCCUGGUCGCGCCCUGGGCACCAGGUAAGACCCCGCUGUCAUUCCCAUCACUGCCCGCUCUCAGUGCUCCGGUCCUCUUAUCGGUGUCCCUGCAGGUGAUCGAGGCUUUUUUUUUCUUUUUCUUUUUCUUUUUUCUCGGUUUACUGGGAUGCAGCGCGGGGUGGAUGCUGCCUGCCUGGAUACUGACUCGUUUCCCGGUGUUUCCCUCCAGAGAAAUCCGCACUUGAGUCGCUGCCUGGUUGCAUAAUUUACCUCUGAAUGCGAUCAGCGCAGACUCGGACUCUCCUUCCUCGUUUGGUCCGUGUUAUCUGCCGUCUGCUCGGGGAUUUAGCUGGUUUUAAGUCUCCAUCAGCGGGAGAAGUGUCAGCGCGACAGUGAUGACAGGAAGAAGAAAUGGGAAUGAAUAACCAUGAAGUGAGGAUAAAGCCGAGUGGAGGUCCAAUGAAGACAUGAGCACAUAUCGAUGGAGUCCUCUUUCAACACCGUAGAGCUCCGCGAGCUGCGGGGGAGUGGAGCCCGGCGAGGCCCAUCUCCGACACCGACUUCAGCACCCUGGACAGCAGCAACGCUGGGCUGCUCUGCCCGGGGCUUUGAGAACGCCUCCUACGAGCAGGAUGAGGAGCAGGACCUCCGUCAGCAGGAGCAACAGCCGACGAGUUAUCCACCUUCCACAUCAGGAAACAGUAAGCAUCAUCAUCAGGAGAUCUCACCACAGUCGUAUGAUGAGGAGGAAGGCGGCGGUGGAGCAGGUGGAGGUCAGGAGGAUGGUCAGGACUUCACUGAAUUUCGCCCCGUUGAUGACCACUCAGCAGACUAUGGCUUCAUCUUGGCGCUGGUGUUCCUCGUGAGUGGGAUCGUCCUUGUGGUAAUCGCCUACACCAUACCGCGGGAGCCCAAAGUCGACCCUGACUCAGUUUCGGCGCGGCAGAUGGAGAAGCUGGAGAUGUACUACGCCCAGCUUGGCUCCCACCUGGAUAAGUGCAUCAUCGCGGGCCUGGGCCUGCUGACCCUGGGAGGGAUGUUCCUGUCUGUGCUGCUCAUGGUGUCCAUCUGCCGGGGUGAGAUGUACCGACGCAGGGCGGCAUUCGUUCGACCCAAGAGGACUUACGGCUCCAUCAACCUGAGGAUGAAGCAGCUGGCAACUGGAGAGGCGAGGUUAGGUGAGGGCGGGGAUGGAGGCGAGGAGUUUUUGGUGGAAUGCGCAGAGACGCGGAAUAACGUACAGCCAGAGCCGAGCCAGGACUCCAAAUCAGUACCAGGACCAAGCAAAAGCCCUCCUCCUUCUCUUCCUGCUGCUUCUUCUUCUGCUGCUGCACAUGGAGUCAACUAGCUCCACCCUCUGCCUUCCUCUGCGUGAUCCCCCAGGUGCAUUAUGGGGAUGCAGGUUGCCCGUUUGUGCCGAGGGGAGAACCUCAUCUUAAGCAAGAGACUUCCUGCCGGAGCUGUUACCCGGCAUGUAGGGAUGAACUGAGCUUAAGGGAUAUUUAUUCUGACCAAUGACAAGGGAUGUAUGACUUUAUAAAAGAGGGCUCAACUGGGUGGAAGACAAGAGGUAAGCCUGUGGCAAUGUGGAUAAGAGCACAUGUGGACAUGAACGGAUGCAUAUCAAAGCUUAAAAUGAAGAUUCUGAAUCCUAGUAUGUUAAUCAGAUUCAUACAAUAUAAAGCACAUUAUGAUAUAAAGCACCGCAGAAAGUAAGAUUAACAUUUUAUUGUGAAAAAUCUUUACUGAUGCUGAAAGGAAGUUCAGUAAUUAAAUCUAGCCAUAUUUUAAGCCCUAACCAGCAGGUUUACCUUAACACACUCACACUAAAUAUUUGGCUUGUAAUGCUGCUGUGAAUAGACCUAUUACAGACUUCACAGUAAAUUACUGUAAAAGAAAGAGCAACUCGCUGUCAUACAAAAAACAGAGGCAACAGUUUUGAAAGCUUGGCGACGUUCACCUCCAGCCAUUAAUACAGAAGAUUAGCCAAGAAAACCCUAAAAAAAGCUUAAAAUAUUCAGUUUAAACCUACAUUAAGCAAAAUAAGUGACUGAUUAAAAAGAUGGAACAGAGCUCGUUUGGCUCCUUUUAGCUGCUUGUUUUGUUUUUCUGGCCGCACAGACAGAUGUGGUUUAAUGUUGGGAGGUGGAUUCAAGCUGGAAAGGUUCUCAAUUCGUUCCAUCUGAUAUUUCUGUGACUUAUAAUUGACAAAUUAUAAUUGACUUUUUUGUAGUAAAACUGUCUUUGCUUACUUGUAAUAUAAAUUUAUUAUCAUAUAAUUGCUGAUUUUUGUGCCCACAUGAUUAAUGGGACCUUGUUGGAGUUUGUUUUUGAUCUUUUUUAGUUGCUAAAAGCUCCACUGUGUUCCCACUUCAUCCCGUUUGAUGUUUGCCUUUUUAUCUCUAUAAUGCCAGCCUGCAGGGGCUGAGCAGAGUUGUAGAGUAACAUUAUGAUUCAUUUCUGCUUGUGUUUGUGAUCAUUUUUUCCUCCAUUAUUCCCUCUCUUUACCUUAGUACCUUGUUCUUUUGCUGCUCAUCACUGUGGUCACCAGCUCACCUCUGGCUUUGUCUAUCAGGGUUUUGACACCAACCCUAAACAAGAAGAAAUCUUUUACAAAGCUCAGAAAAUCUAAGAGGAGCUGCAGAUUGAGCUAAUAAUGGGUCUGAUGCUGCAAGCUUUCUUAAAUUUUCAGUUAAUUUGUUGUAAAGGUGUCGGGUGAAAUGCUCAUGUUCAGAUGAUAAAAAGAAAGUUUUUCUUAAAAUCACAGAUUCAUCACAGCUGUUCGUGUCUUUGUUGAUAUUCUGUCAGCAGAUUUUUACUAAAGGCAGAAAAAAACCUCCACAGGGAACUUUUAAGCCAUCAAAUAUUGAUUCUCUUAUUGGCCUCAAACAUCCAGAAUCCAUCUGUCUAGAACCACACAGCACAUGCUGCUGCUUUCUCUCACUGUAAGUACAGAAAAUGGCAGCCCAGUGAGAAAUACUCCUCUGUGCAUUGUCUGGCUUUAACUCUCCAGCUUAAGAGCUGAUUAUGCCCCCUUGUGGUCAGAAAUUGCUUAAUGCAGCUUUAAUGUUUGGCUGGAUGCAGCGAGAGCUAGGAGGUAAUGAUGAGAGGUGUUAGCCUGGCAGGUGCAGAAGUGACACACGUUACCCAGAAAGCAUUGCACCAGGCAUCAAAGAGCAUAGUCGUCUGUAAUUAUUUCCUUUAUUUUCUUAUUUUUAUCUUUGACAAACAGUUUCUGAGCGGAUCUUGGUUGGAAAUCACGGCUGUUUUAUCACAGCAGACACUAGAUGAAGGGAAAACACAGUUUGUUUGUUGUUGUUUUGUUUUUUCUUUUUCUUUGUUUUUAUCACAGAAGCAUUUCAAAAUCAAAAUUUUAAGCCACAAUAAUGAGUAUUUUAACAGGGGUCACAUUCAUUUUUGCAAGCAACAGAACCGAAAAAGAAAAUGUGUAAAAAUCGACUUCUCCAACAAGCCUGUUUUACAUAAAAAGUGUCAGUGAAUGCAGCAUCAACAAUAAGUAUCGUGUCACAUAGCCGGUGUCUCGUGCUGCAUCAUCCAAAACUGUUGCCUCAUGGUUACUGAUCAGCAUUUUCUGUGAGCAUCACCUUCCACAGCAGAGACUCCAUCAGAGAGUGAAACUUCAUCUAUAAGCAGCAGCUGCUUCUCCAGAACUUGAAGUCAUAUUUACAUAAAACUACCCUGUGCUACACGCUAGACUUACAUAGACUUUAUGCUUUGUAUCAUUUGAAAGUGCGCAUGAACUUUUUUAGACUGAGCAGUUUUUAUGAUCAGUGGUGGACAAACACUUCAGAUCUUUACUUAAGUAAAAGUACUAAACACAAGAAAGAAGUCCUGCGUUAACUCGAAGGGGACCUGUUAUGUGAAUCCUUAUUUUCUGUCAUAUAACCUGUUACAAUGAUGGAAAGUCACAAUACUCAGCUUUGGUCUGUAUGAAGUCACAAAGAAAGGAUAUCCUUCAUAUGGUCAUUUCAUUCAGAGAGCACAGAAGCCCCGCCCACCUGCCUUUAAAUCUAUUCUAUUUUCAAGGCAACGGCCAGUUUAAAAUAAGUAAGGAUUAUUUUGAACUUUAAAUCAUGCAAAGCUAUUUUGGUAGAGAACAAAAAUAUGAAGCAGGGUGUGAGCAGAGUUGGCUCCCUUGAUAGUAAUCGUGCACAUUUUGCAAACUUCACAAUGAUUACAAAGCACAGAUCCAUUGUUUGGUUUGUAUACAUUUAGAAAACCGAGAGUAAUGUUGGUGUUAAAGAGAGUGAGUGUUUAUUUUAUCGAGUAAAAAACUGUAGGAGAAAAAAUGCUAAUAAAACAAUUUAAAGGACAUGGGGAAAAAAUAAUUAACUUCUAUAACUUAAUGUUUGAGCUCUACUUGUGUUUAACUUAUAAUGAUCCCUGUAAACAGAAUCUGUAUGAGUAUGCAGACAUUUUUGGGACAGGAAGCCUUUUGGUUUCUGUUUGUAGUCCAGGCUUUGGAUAGAUGCAGGUAAACAAUUCAUGUAGAGAGGAAAUGCAGGAUUACAUUUGUCAAAGUAUAUUAGAUAACCAUUGUGUAGUAUCUUAUGACAGUGAGUUUUUUAUUAAUUAUAAAAAAAAUUAAAAAUGGAAAUCGUGGCCUGGCUGGUACCACAAAAUUAGCCAUUAUCCCCAGUGGCUAAGUUAUCAGACAUCCCAGUGGGUUCCCAGAAUUAAUUACUUGUGCCUGCACAACUUCCAUCCAUCCAUUUAUCCAUCCAUCCAUCCAUCCCCUUAUCCAAUUCAGGGGCAUAGGGGAGCUGGAGCCUAUCCCAGCUGUCAUAGGGCAAAAGCCCGGGUACACCCUGGACAGGUCACCAGACUGUUGCUUUAUUCUGGUGUUUAUCAUAAUGAUAAAAAUAAUCAUAAAAGUAUCUUCAGCUGCCAAAAAAUACAGUGCAGAAAAACUAAAGUAAGUGCCACUGAAGGUAAAGUACCUCAGAGUUGUACUUAAUUAACUGUAUUUAGUUACACUCCACCACUGAUUAUAAUCCGAAUGUCUAUGAAAGAGUCAAAAGCCUAAAAUGGGUAAAAAGCUGAUUUCAUCUUAAAGAAGAAACAUUAAAGUGACUUGUGGAUGUUUUUGAGUGGAUUGAACCUUUAAUGACACCACUUAUUUGUAUUAUAUGUACACUGAUGUUAUUUAUGUCAUGUAAGGAUACGAUAUGCCUUAACAAGUAAACACCGGCACUGUACAUUGUGUAUACACUGAUAUUAUUAUGCUAACGUAUUACGGUCUGUAUAGUGAGCCAGUUAGCCAAGGGUAAUGUAGCCACACACACAUACACACACACAUGCACACAUUAUUGAGUCCAGCUUGCAGUGGCACACACACUGAUACUAAUCUCAGCUGUUUUUUGACGUUUUACAGUUUUCUUUCACAAAUACUGUAAAUAUAACCUGCAGACAUGCAGGAUGUGGAGGACCUUCAGAAACUUCUGCUCCAGAAACACGACGCAGUCUCACUGUGGUGCCAGUUUGUGGAAAUUCAGGAGAAAAUCAUCCUUUUAUGAUGCUUGUUUUCCCUUUAACUUCAACCAGCGGUCAUUAAGAGGGAGCCAUUCGAAUUACAGGGUAGUUAUGAUGCUUUAGUUGCCCCCCAAACAGGCCUGAGCUCCUGAUAAAGCAACCAUCUUCAACAAGAUCAGGAUAAUUAAAGGCUGCUUUUAUUUGUAACAGCAUUCAUGUGAUGUAUUCUGUGUGAAUCUGGUGUCUCACAAAUGUUUCUCAGUGUUUCCUUUUUAACUUUAGUCCUACAUAAAAUGCUGCUAACUGUUGUAUGUUUUUCCAAGUUUGAAUCCUUGCAAAGGAUCGUUACUGCAGGUAAUUACUGUAGAGGAUUCAGAUGCUCUUUAAAAUAUACAUCAGCUUCUUUCUGUCUAAAGAGGAAGUUUUAAGGACUUUGUAUGAUUUUUACAAGAAACCAAACCUCAGUCCCACAAAGAGUGAAGAGGAUUUUCUUACAUUUUUUUUUUAAAUUUCAUCCAAUAAUAAAUAUUAGAUUGCAUAUUUGCUGAUAUUAUCGUCCCGCCUAAGAACAAUCUAAAUUGCUCGAGCUGCACAGACACCUGGUUUGCUCACUGAUGUAUUUAAUGAAGAGCACAGAGGAUUAUUAAACAGUCUCAAACCGAGUUAUGUUGUUAAAGCUCUACCAUGACCAGUGUUUAUUAGUGAGAGUUGUUCAUUACCAUUUUAUAAAUCUUAAAAAUUCUGAAAUCCUGAUUCACGACUUUCUGUGAAUGCGUUUGAAUGUAACAGUUUCAAAUGUAACUGAUUUCAGUAAAUAUAUUCUCACUCCAGCGAUAACUACAAAUAUAUCUGCCAUCUCCUGUUUUUGCUCUUCACUUGGUUUUAAAAGACGCUGCGUUGUGCGCUUCAGGAGGCCAGUGAAUCUGCAUGUUAUUAAUGUGUGAUGCUCUAAAGGUCCGAUGCCUUGUUCCUGUACAUACUGAAGAGCCAUGUCCUGUAUGUAACGACGAUGCUGGUUUUUAAGUCUGAUUUUGUUAACGUGACCAAUAAAAUUGCUGUUGUUUUUAAUGCA